GAGAAAAGAAGCAUCGUUCGAGAAGGUAGUUGGGAGGGGACUGACCCUGUGAAUCAAGGCCAAGAAUACUGUCACCUAACUGGAGUACAACAGAUUGUUUAGCCACAGGCAGACCACAUUUUCUUUCCCAGAGUAGUUAAGUCAGAAGAUUUGCCUCCCUUGCUCACAAAGGGAGGAAAUACUUCCUCCACUCAGGACAGCUGCAAUCAGUUCUCCCAGACAAAUCGUUAAACCUGAAGGAUCUUGAGCACAGAGCCCAGAAGACGAGGCUGCCUGCCUUCCAGCCUCCCCGCCUCCCCACUACUCCAGCACCCGCACCUUUCAGAGAUUUCCUUACUUUCCACCUACAAGGUUAUCAUGGAGAUCUCAAAGGAAACGGUAUUUGAUGAAUUUGAGAACUAUUCCUAUAUCUUGGAAUAUUACUCCCCGGAGUCUGAUUUGGAGGAGAAGGCGCACCUGGGAAUUACUCACUGGAUCUCCCUGCUAUUAUAUGUCGUAGCGUUUGUCCUGGGGAUUCCGGGAAACGCCGUUGUCAUUUGGUUCAUGGGAUUCAAGUGGAAGAAGACAGUCUCUACUCUCUGGUUCCUCAAUCUGGCCAUUGCAGACUUGAUUUUUGUCCUCUUCCUGCCCCUCUAUGUCUCCUACGUGGUCUUGAGUUUCCACUGGCCCUUUGGCCGGUGGCUGUGCAAGGCUAAUUCUUUCAUUGCCCAGCUGAACAUGUUUUCUAGUGUUUUCUUCCUGACAGUGAUCAGCCUAGACCACUGUUUCCGUUUGAUCCAUCCUAUCUUGGCCCAAAGGCACCGAACCCUAAAGAACUCACUGGUCGUUAUUUUAUUUGUGUGGCUUUCGGCUUCUCUGCUUGGAGGUCCUAGCCUGUACUUCCGGGACACUCUGGAGGUCAAUAACCACAUUAUUUGUUAUAACAAUUUCCAGGAGCACGACCCUGACCUCAGCUUGAUGAGACAUCAUGUUCUGACCUGGGUGAAGUUCCUUUUUGGCUACCUCUUCCCUUUGCUGACGAUGAGCUUCUGUUACUUGUGCCUCAUCUUCAAGGUGAAGAAGCGAGGCAUUCCGAUGUCCAGUAAGCAUUUUUGGACAAUCCUCUGUGUGGUCAUCGCCUUCACGGUGUGCUGGACUCCUUAUCACCUGUUUAGCAUUUGGGAACUCACCACGUACCACAACAGCUCUUUCCAGCACGUCCUGCAGGGUGCAAUCCCUCUCUCUACCGGCUUGGCAUUCCUCAAUAGCUGCUUGAACCCCAUCCUUUACGUUCUCAUUAGCAAGAAGUUCCAAACUCACUUCCGGGCCUCUGCUGCUGAGGUACUAAAGCAUUCACUGUGGGAAGUCAGCUGCCAUGGCAUAACCAGUGAACAACUCAGGAGCGCUGAAACCAAGAGCUUGUCUCCCCUAGAAUCCAUCCAAUGAGUACCGUGUUCCCAGAAAUCAGCGUGGAGUCGCCCAGUGAGCCUGAUAACAUCCUUUCAGAUGAAGCUUUGUCCUGAUCUAAACUGGCUGACCAUAUUUUUGUUGUUUUUGUGCGGUGUAUUGGCCUUAUAUUUUUGUGUGCGUAUAAAAUGUAGGAUUUCUUCCUUGCCUUUUAAACGAGGCAUAUUUCUGUCUGCCCUCUGGCGGUGAUUGUGGUACUGACAACCUAUAACUCCUCCCAGUGUUUCAGCCUCCGUCCAUUGAUGUACUGCAAUAUAUCUCUCAGAUUUAAAUAAAUCAUCUUUAGAAUGCA